UCAUCUCGAAAACUUUCGUCCUCUUGCUCACCAAGGAAGACCCCAGACGCCACAGGACGAACUAGACUAGUGGGACCGUCGGUACACGAAAUUCAAGUUCGAGUUCAUCACUUUCUGAGAUUGCAAGAGAAAAAAGAGAAAGAUGAGCACGCUUAAGGAGAUAUGCUCUGGAUUGCCACUGGACCCACUGCCUCCACCCAGAGCCCGAAACCCUGCUCUGGCUCACGCUCCGGACAGGCUCGUCCCGCUGACCACAGAUGAGACUGAGACAGCCAUCAAGAAUGCGCUGCGGUACUUCCCUGCGAGGCUGCAUGCUACACUUGCGCCAGAGUUCGUGCAAGAGCUGUCGGAUUACGGCCACAUCUACAUGUACCGCUUCAUUCCCAACAUUGUCAUGAGGGCGUACCCUAUCGACGAGUACCCGGCCAAGACAAAGCAGGCUGCCGCCGUGAUGUUGAUGAUCAUGAACAACCUGGACCCGCAGGUGGCCCAGUUUCCCGAGGAACUGGUUACUUACGGCGGCAACGGACAGGUCUUCUCCAACUGGGCACAGUUCUGGCUGGUGAUGAACUACCUGUCCAAAAUGGACGAGUCUCAAACUCUGGUCAUGUACUCGGGCCACCCGCUCGGCCUGUUUCCUUCGUCCCGUCCCAGCCCACGUGUGGUGAUCACCAACGGAAUGGUCAUCCCAAAUCACUCAUCACACGAGGACUACGACCGCAUGUUCGCCAUGGGAGUCACCAUGUAUGGGCAAAUGACUGCAGGCAGCUACUGCUACAUCGGGCCACAGGGCAUCGUGCACGGAACAACGAUCACUGUGCUGAACGCCGGACGCAAGUACCUAAAGCUCGAAGACCUCCGAGGAAAAGUGUUCGUGUCCUCCGGUCUCGGCGGCAUGAGCGGUGCCCAGGCGAAGGCAGCUGUGGUCGCCAACGGCAUCGGAGUCAUCGCAGAGAUGUCUCGCGAAGCAACGUACAAACGCCACCGGCAGGGAUGGGUGGAUGAGGUCAUCGAGGAUAUCGAAGAACUUAUCAAGAGAAUAAGGAAAGCCAAAGCCACGAAGGAGACUGUGAGCAUCGGAUUUCUAGGAAACAUCGUUACAUUGUGGGAGCGCUUGGCUAUAGAGCUGGAGGCCACGGGCGAACUCCUGGCGGACCUGGGCUCGGACCAGACGUCAUGUCACAAUCCGUUCAACGGAGGAUACUACCCUGUGCAGCUGACUUACGAGGAGGCCAACGCCAAGAUGAGGGACGACCCUCGGACCUUUAAGAUGCUCGUGCAAGAAAGCCUCCGGCGGCACGUGACGGCGAUCAACAAGAUGACGAAGCGAGGCAUGUGCUUCUGGGAUUACGGUAACGCCUUUCUCCUCGAAGCAUCCAGAGCAGGCGCUGACGUCGGUCACAAUGGAAUCAGGUUUCGCUACCCUUCCUACGUGCAGGAUAUCAUGGGUGACAUCUUUUCGCUCGGCUUCGGACCCUUCAGAUGGGUUUGCCUGUCCGGAUCAAAGGACGAUUUGGCGCUGACAGAUAAACUGGCCGCUUCUGUGCUGAAGGACCUUGUCAAGACGAACGUGCCAGAGCACGUGAAGCAGCAGUACAGGGACAACGUCGCCUGGAUCGAAAAGGCGGCCGACCACAAUCUGGUUGUAGGCUCCCAGGCCCGGAUCCUGUACUCGGACAAGACGGGCAGGACGCAGAUCGCCCUCGCUUUCAAUCGCGCCGUGAGGGAUGGACGACUCAAGGGCCCGGUGGUGAUCAGCCGCGACCACCACGACGUGAGCGGCGCCGACAGCCCGUACAGGGAGACGUCAAACGUCUACGACGGAUCAGCAUUCACUGCAGAUAUGGCCGUGCAAAACUUUGUCGGAGAUGCUCUCAGGGGAGCGACGUGGGUGGCUCUUCACAAUGGCGGAGGCGUUGGCUGGGGAGAAGUCAUCAACGGAGGGUUCGGUUGUGUUCUGGAUGGAACCAAGGAAGCAGAUGGGCGUUUGACAACGCUUCUCUCGUGGGACGUCAACAACGGGGUGUGUCGGAGAAGUUGGUCGGGAAACAAGUACGCCUACGAGACCAUCCAGCGAGCUAUGAAGGACGAUCCGGCUUUGCUGGUGACGCUUCCCAACGAAGCUGACGAACAGCUCUUAAAGAAAGUUCUGGCGGGAAGAAAGCUCUAGGCAUCAAUCAAUAGCUCAUCAGCCACAGCAGUUCCUUAUCACCGCUUAGAAAACUGGGGCGUUAUUCCAAACACUGUUGAAGGCAGGCUAUAGCAGAAGUGACAAGUUGGCUCAAUGCACAAGUGGCAUCCUAAAUCCUGUUAAUUUUAUUCAGAAAGAAUAAAUCCACGUGAAUGAGACA